GGGAGGCGGGGGGAGGAGGAGGAGAGAGCAGAGUAUACCGCAGACAUCAUUUCUACUACAGUGGCGGAGCCGUUCAGGACCUGUUUCACUGCAGGGGGAUCCAAAACAAGCCCCGUGGAGCAGCAGCCAGAGCUACAGCAGCCGCAAGACACUGUUUCUCUCCCUCUGCCCCCCCUUCCCCACGCAACCCCAGAUCCAUUUACACUUUACAGAGGAUCCGGCUGCAAAUCACCGAGGUGUUCCAUUCAAGCUGCAGAUUUGUCUGUCAUCUUUGGACAGCAGUCUCUUCCUCCACGGCUGCUUCGGGGGAGCCCGACACCCAUCAGCAGUCUGGAGCAAAAUGAAAGAGCUGAUAUCGAGGCCUCCCAAGUAGUGCUGCUACAGACCAUGAACAAGAGAGGAAGAGGAGACCUCGGUCUGCACAAACGAUCCUGA